CGCUCUGGGGUCGCGAUGGCGGAGGAGGCGCGGGGGGGGCUCUACCGGUGGCUCGACCGGGUCCCGCUGUCCCGGCCCCGCAGGAACCUCACCCGGGACUUCAGCGAUGGAGUUCUUGCCGCCGAGCUGGUUCGGUUCCACUUCCCGGCGCUGGUGCAGCUGCACAGCUUCAUCCCGGCCAGCGCCACCGCCCAGAAGCUCUCCAACUGGGGCCACCUCAACCGGAAAGUGCUGCCUAAGCUGAAUUUCUCCAUCCCGGAGGAGGUGAUCCAGGAGAUCGUGCAGUGCCGGCCGGGAACUGUGGAGCAGGUGCUGAUCCUGCUGCGCCAGAAGAUCGAGGAGAAGCAGAAGGAGAAGCGGAGCAAGAAGGCAGCUGGGCCAGGACAGGAGCCGUCUGUCCGGGCAGCGCUGGAAGACGUCAGCUACCUGGAGACGGGUUGCUCCAAGCCAAGGAUCGGAGGAGGCUGCGCCGUGGGGUCUCCUGGAGGUGUUGGGAGGACCACGCGCCCCCAUGGCUGCGCCCAGGCUCCUCCAGAAGAUGCCACCAUCCGCCAGCAGCUCGCGGAGAGGGAGCAGGCGCUGGUCCUGGCGCAGGAGACCAUCCAGAUCCUGCAGCUCCACGUGAAGCGGCUGGAGAAGCUCCUGCAGCUCAAGAACGUGCGGAUCGACGACCUCAGCCGGCGCCUGCAGGAAGCCCAGAGCCAACAGCAGUGAUGGGACCCUCGCCCAGGGCUGCUCCCACCACCCUUCCCACCUCUCCCACCCAUGGAAGAUCCUGCUGAGCUGGAGGAGCCAUCCCGCUGCCUCGUCCCGGUUGUUCCAGGAUGGGCUCUCAAGGACAAAAGCCAGAGGUGGAAAAAUCGGAAGCAGGGACUCUGUUCCUACCUCGGAGACCUCUCUCUUCCCACCUCCGAGAGCCCUGUAUUCCCACCCCUUGGAUCUCUCUAUUCCCACCUCUUGGACCCCUCUUUUCCCACCUCUUGGAUCCCCCUUCUCCCACCUCUUGGAUCCCCCUUCUCCCACUUCUUGGAUCCCCCUUCUCCCACCUCUUGGAUCCCCCU